CGCCAUCUUUAGGGGACGCCAGUUUUAGAGUCGCUUCUCUGUUCUUGGCGAUUCAACCAGUAUGGCGGAUAGCUUUCUCCGCACUGAUUCCCAAUUGAUCGUCGCAGAACUUAAGCGAAAGGACAGACUGCUGAAACUCAAGCGAAGGUGGCUAAUAGGAGCGCCAUUGUCAGACCUCAAACUGAAGAGACUUUUGAACAACGAGUGCCUGCCUGAGUCUUUGCUUAGAGAAGAUGAUAUAUUUUAUGAUAAUGUUAAAACGUUUGUUGAACAAGCAUAUGGAGCAUACCAUGUUGAAAGAGAGGUCAAAACAACUAGUCAGUUUCUCAACGUGAACAACAUUGAAGGCAUCUUGUUGUCUUGCCUGGAUUCUUUGACCAGUAAAGGUCUUUACGUUGUUGCUAUGUUCCUUACAAAAGGUGAGCUGAAGUGUGAAAAGACUCGGAAUAAAAUGAGAAAGGUUAUCCAGAAAUCUAUUCCAGGAUUUCUUAGGAGUCUGGAUAGCAAGGAUGACAAAGUAGAAACUUUUACCAAGUUAUCUCAGCUUCUCACUGACCGAGAGAAUAUUAGACAUGACCACUGUUCACAUCUCUUUCAAUGGAAUGCUGCUGCAAUACAAAUUCUGGAUAGACUGAAGGACUUGCCAACUGAAGCCCUGUUUGCUAUGCGCAGAAAACUAAGAGGGAUGCCGGCAGAAUUACCUAGUUUACGGAAAACGAAACAUGGUUGGAGUCGAGAUACCCUGAUUUGUAAGGUUAAGAGAACUAUUAGGAAGAUGCUAUCGGAACUUGUUGGGAGUGGGAGUCAUAGCUUCCAGGAACCUUUAGCCAAGGCCCUAGCGGUUGCAGGUUUAUCACUAAAGCUGAAAAGAUGUCCUGGUUCCUGCAUGACUGACUUCAUGAAAUUUUCGCCAGAAAUAGAACUGUUACAGACAGAAAUCAUAAAGGCUAUUUGGUUACUAGAAACUAAGGUCAGAAUGCCAGAGCUUCAAGCCUUGCAACAGUUGUUGGAUCCAUUUGCUAAUAUCUCAGCAAGGUCUUUACGAACAGCGAUGAAGAAAUUAUUCACCGAGUAUCUGUUUGACUGCAAUGAUUUAGACUUCAUUCCCAAGGGUUUUCCGAAAGCUCUUAAUCUUAUCAAUAGGUGCACUCGAGUUUCACCCGAUGGCUACUUGUUGAACUAUGCUAUUGAAGAGGAGGCAGAAUCUAUCUUAAGUGUAAGUUCUGAUAUAAAGCAGCUUGUUUGGGAUUUAAUUCCUGGCUAUGGGCUCGCUGAGAAUUUUGGCGAUGCAUAUAUGGAAGAGCCAUGUGGAAGUGAAGAUGAUGAUUGUAGUGAUGUGUCUCCCAAGCAACAAGAAACUUUCGACUCCCCAAGUCUCAGAUAUGGUUCUAUGUACUCAGAGAACGAUGAAGAGAGCUGUGGAGAAUAUACGCCUUUGGAUGUUGAGCUAGACAAGCCUAAUCCCGACCAGGAAGGUGAGAGUCUUCCUAGUACACAUGAUGAUUGCGAGAUUGGCAAUCCUUCUCUGAGCAUGGUGUUAAGAGUCGAAUGUGAUAUGAAAGCUGAACCUUAUCAGAGUAAUGCAAAUAGUCCAAGAAAUGCAUCAGGUUUUCAUGAAUUGAACCUUUGCUCUAGAGGGGAAGAAUCUGGCCCUAGCAAUCAGACUCUUGGUAACAACUUGUACCUUGAUGUCCAAGACGCUUCCGAUGAGACAAGUUUGGUAGCCUACAAUCUCAUUGGUUCUCUAUUAGCGGGGUUCACAUUAGAAGAAAGGCUUGAUCUAGAUUAUGCAGAUGGAUAUCUGAGAGGAAACUAUUCAUAUCAACAGGAUGCAGGAAAGAUCUCUCCUAAGAAACAGGCAGCUGGUUCUACAGUUGUUCAAGUGGUUGAAGAGCUAAUACCUUCCUUCCCUAGGAGUGGUGUGGAAAAACUGAAGGAGCUGAUGGGCACUUGA